UGUUAAUGAGUAAGCGGAAGGCUCGAGAAGUGCCCGAAUCUUCUAAAAAGGUUAAUGGCAAUAAAGAAAACUUAGUUUCUUCUGCCCUUUUUAAGGCUGCUCCUUUUACUAGGGAACUGAGGGAACAAGGCAUUAAAAAGAAGCCUGGUACUGUUAGAGUCUAUUCGGACGGGAUUUUUGACUGUUUCCACUUUGGCCACGCACGCGCUCUUCAACAAGCUAAAAAUACCUUUUCUAACUGCUAUCUUAUAGUUGGAGUUUGCGGAGAUGAGCUUACACAUAAAAUAAAAGGUGAUACUGUUAUGAAUGAAAAAGAAAGAUUUGAGGCUGUGAGACACUGUAGGUAUGUGGACGAAGUGCUUGAAUAUGCGCCCUGGGUUAUUACCAGCGAGUUUUUAGAAGACCAUGAUAUUGACUAUGUUGCGCACGAUGAUCUUCCCUACGGCAGCGAGGAAGCUACCGAUAUCUACGGGCAUCUUAAGUCUGCUGGAAAGUUCAUUGCUACCCAAAGAACUGAAGGAAUCUCCACUUCGGAUAUCAUAUGCCGUGUGGUGCGUAACUAUGAUGUAUAUAUCCGGCGAAACUUAGCCAGAGGAUUCACAAGAAAGGAUCUCAACGUCAGUUUUGUUCGGGAGAAGAGAGCGCAAAUUGCAAAGUUAACUAACGAGCUGAGGCAGCGCGUCAACAGCGGGCGAAGCAAACUCGAACAAAUAGUUGAAAAGUGGGAAUCCAACUCUCAGAAGCUGAUUAACGACUUUGUUAAAUUCUUUACUAUGUCAAAACUCACACCUCCUUACCCGAAAACUUCCUUAAAGACGUUACCUGCAUCUGAUUCUUCUUCCGAGUUAGACAGUAAUAAUGGGAGUGGGCUCCAUGAAAGUGAAAGUUUUGAUGAUUCCUUGGAAGCACCGUCUUAAGAUAGCCUCACUAGU